AUGGAUCAGGAAGAAUCAGUUCAAUCGCAAGCCCAUAAUAAUGAUGACAACGACAACAAUAUGGAGGCACCCGAAACUCUUCCAUAUGUUACCACUUCUGCAGUCUUGCGCCAAUUGAAUCAAAAUCUCCAAGAGUUGGCUCCUCCAGGAGAAGAAGCUUAUUGCAAACCGCGUUUUGAAUUGCAAAAACGAUUGCCAGAUGGCUCUACGAUUCCCGCAUCCCAAGACGAUUUGAGUGCUUCGGAUUUGCAAAACAAGAUUGCCCAGUCGGCCAAGUUUGUCUCUCAGCUGGUACCGAGCGAUCGCAAGAAAUGGGCCGAACAACAGCGACAAAGUGGGAAUUCGCUAUUCCAACAAGGCCAAUACAAGGCGGCCAUGGACAUUUAUCUUACUUGUUUGGUCGUAAAGGAAAGCAGUUCACCAUCCAGAAGCCAACCACAAGAUGCUGCUCCCGAUUUGGAAUUUUUGUCCCAAACCUUGUUGCCCGUUCUGAACAAUCUGGCCCAAUGCACCCUGCAACUGGGAAUGCAAAAGAAGACCAAGGAAUUUUGUGGAAUUGCCUUGGAAGAAAUUGGGGACAACGCCUCUGACAUUGACCCCAUUGCCUUGUGCAAGAUUCAUUUUAAGCGGGCCAAGGCACAUCGAUUGACGGGGCACUACUCGGAAGCCCGACAAGAUUUGAAUCUAUCACUCUCGUUUGUAGAAAAGAAGGAAAAGGCAUUAUUGAAAGAGGAUACUACUAUGGAAGAAGAAGAAGAAGACGAUGAUAGUGCUGCUAGCAUUACCAAUCCGUUUCGUCAAGCCAUUCAAAAGGAAUUUCGUCAUUUGGAGGCUGCCGAAAAAGAAGCUCGCAAGAAUCGGCAACGACAAAAGAAGUCGAUGCAACGAGCCUUGACAUCAAACAAAUCAGCUUCCUCGGUGCCCUCUGGCAAGAAGGCGCUCGACGACACUAGCUCUGGGAUUCCAGUACCACAGGGACCACGCAAGUAUUCGACACUGCGGGCGAGAAAGAAAGUGUCUCCAGCAGAUAGUACUGGUACUGAAAACGCUCAAGAGGGUAGAAUGGACAUUCGGGAUCUUUCGUACUGGCAAUACUACUGGUUAGUGGUCGCCCGAGUGGCCGAGACCUUGUUGCUAUUGAUUGGUGAUGAGGACGAUGACGAGAAUAGCGUGAGAGCUCGUCAAAGUCAAGUGCAUUCUAGACGAGAUGAUCGAAAGACAAGAUGA